UCGCCGACCCGCUACUAGCUCGACCAGGCCAACACCCUGCUCUCGGCGAUCCCACCGGGAGAGAGGCCAGGACAGCAACAUAACCUCACCUCUCACCACCACACUAUCACCUCCACCACCACCUCCUCCGAUCACCUCCACCUCCACCUCCACCUCCACCUCCGCCCUUCGCAACAAUGGCGGAAAAAACGAUGCAGGACGUCUAUCGAAAGAUAGAGCGGGAGAAGGUUCUGAUCAACGGGGCGCGCGCCAUGCGGCAGUCGACCGAUAACGCUGCUGUCCAGCAGCGUCUCGACAACCAGAUCCGCGAGUCGCAGAGAAACUUGGGAUAUCUGGAGGAGAAGUAUAGAGAGCUGCAGAACAGGGUCAUGAGGCAGACCACUACGGGUAUGCAGAAUAUGCAGACGUCCGAUGCGGGCUACGGUAAUUAUCAAGGGAUGUCGCCUCCGAACAAGCCAUUCGCUCAGGAACCUGGUUCUCAGCCGAAAGCUCGUGCCAACUACUCAAAGCUAGAUUUGAUCAAAUAUGAUACUCCGCAUCUCGGCCCGAGGAUCCAGUUGAUGCUGUCACAGCUGGAGUUCAAGCUGAGUGUCGAGAAGCAAUACAAGGAGGGAAUUGAAAAGAUGGCAAAGCUGUAUCAGAUGGACGGAGAUCGUCGAAGCGGACGGGACGCCGAAAGCAAGAGGAUAGAGAGUAGCCAGAAGAUCCAACUGUUGAAACAAGCCUUGAAACGUUAUGAGGAUCUCCACGUGGACAUGGACGUUGGUGACGACGGGGAUGACGAUAGUAUCAACGCCCCGAACAUCCGUCGUCCCCUGACUGGGCGCUUGCAGUGUCGUGUUCUCGCCGUGAAGGAUGUUGACCACGCAACAACAUCGCGGUUCGCUCGUGGACCGGAAACGUUCGUCAUCAUCAAGGUUGAGGAUGCUACCCGAGUCCGAACGAAAUCUACGAGAAACGAUAAAUGGAUCGACGAAGGGCAUGAAAUCGACGUAGACAAGGCCAACGAGGUUGAGAUUAUCGUCUACGAUAAGCCGGGCGAGCAUCCUCUACCGGUUGGAAUGCUGUGGGUUCGCAUCUCGGAUUUGGUGGAGGAGCUGCGACGGAAAAAGAUUGAGGCGGAUAUAAACAGCUCAGGAUGGGUCAGCGCGGAGAAGAUGGCGAACGACGGUGGUCAGGGAGGAAGGGCAAGCGGCGGGCUCGAAUUUGCCGUACCUCCGUCCGCUGCCGGAACGCCUGGCGGUGCCCCUCCCAUGAUGGGCGCAUCGGGGCGUGUAGUUGCGCAGCAACAGCCACAGGGGGUGUAUUCAGCUCCGAAUAUCGAGGCGUGGUUCGCGUUGGAGCCCGUCGGGCAGAUCCACCUCUCGCUGAACUUCACAAAGUACAACCGGGGAAAACGACCGUUGGACUUAGGACUCGGGAGAAAAGGCGCCGUCCGUGCGAAGAAAGAAGAGGUCCACGAGAUGUAUGGCCACAAGUUCGUGCAGCAACAGUUUUACAACAUCAUGCGUUGCGCGCUUUGCGGAGAGCUUCUCAAGUAUUCUGCUGGCAUGCAGUGUUCCGACUGCAAAUAUACUUGCCACAAGAAGUGCUACCAAAAAGUAGUCACAAAGUGUAUCUCGAAGUCAAACGCAGAAACCGAUCCAGAAGAGGAAAAGCUCAACCACCGCAUUCCGCACAGAUUCGAGCCUACAACCAACCUUGGGGCCAACUGGUGCUGUCACUGUGGAUAUAUGCUUCCUGUAGGGAAGAAAAAUGCACGCAAGUGUACAGAAUGUGCGCUCACCUGCCACACUCAUUGCACGCAUCUGGUUCCUGAUUUCUGCGGCAUGACUAUGGAGGCCGCCAAUACCAUUCUUGCAGAGCUUCGGUCCAAGAAGCAUGUGCAGCCAAAGCCCAAGACACUAUCCAUGACGGAGCGAAUGCGGCCUUCGCCGGAUAACCGUGGGUCAGUUGCACUGCAACACCUCAGUCGCCACUUCAACAGACCCAGACUCCUCAGUACCCUCCUCCGCAACCAUACACUCCUCAGCCAAGGACUGAUUCUGCCGCCGCAGCUGCGGCUGCGGCGCUUGCCCGACCGGUCUCAACUGGAUACCAGCAGUAUUACCAGCCGCCACCGGGUACUCCUCCGGCCGCAAUGCCAGGAUACCCGCCCCAGAGCGUGCGGCCGGCUCAUGGUCAGCCACCUGCGCCCAACGCCCCGUACCAGCCGGGAGCGCCGCAAGAUCCAUAUGGCGCGAAACCUACACUUGUCAAGACUCCCCAAGGACCACCACCCAACAUUUCGAUUCCUCCUCCUCCUCAAGGACCCCCUCCUGCGUCAGCACUUCCCCCCAAGGCGCCUCUGCAGCAGCAGCAACUGCAGCAGCAAUACUCUCCCGUCCAGCAGCCACCGCCGCCCCCGCACCAGCAGCAGCAAAUACAACAACAACAGGCUCGGCCACAGAAGAUUGGACUGGACCACUUCAAUUUCUUGGCUGUUUUGGGCAAGGGUAACUUCGGUAAGGUUAUGUUGGCGGAAACCAAGGCGUCCAAGCAGCUAUACGCCAUUAAGGUGCUCAAGAAGGAGUUUAUCAUUGAGAACGAUGAAGUUGAGAGCACACGGUCCGAAAAGCGGGUGUUCCUGAUCGCGAACAAGGAGAGACAUCCGUUCCUGCUCAACCUGCAUGCCUGUUUCCAGACCGAGACCCGAGUCUAUUUCGUGAUGGAGUACAUCAGCGGAGGUGAUUUGAUGUUGCACAUCCAGAGAGGCCAAUUUGGUUUCAACAGAGCACAGUUUUACGCUGCGGAAGUGUGCUUGGCUCUCAAAUAUUUCCAUGAGAACGGUGUUAUCUACCGUGAUCUGAAGCUGGACAACAUCUUGCUCACCUUGGACGGUCACAUCAAGAUCGCCGAUUACGGUCUGUGCAAGGAAGACAUGCAUUAUGGGUCCACCACGAGUACCUUCUGUGGUACUCCCGAGUUUAUGGCGCCGGAGGUGAAUAACCUUAACCCUUGUGUGCGCUCACG